AUGGCCAAGCAAUACGACGUCUUGUUCCGGUUGCUGCUGUUGGGCGAUUCGGGCGUGGGCAAGACCUGCCUGCUCUGCCGCUUCACCGACAACCAGUUCCACCCCACCCACAUCUCUACCAUCGGCGUUGACUUCAAAAUGAAAACCAUCGAAGUAGAUGGCAUCAAGGUGCGGAUCCAGAUCUGGGACACAGCAGGGCAGGAGCGGUACCAAACCAUCACCAAACAGUAUUACCGGAGGGCACAGGGCAUCUUCUUGGUCUAUGACAUCAGCAGUGAACGUUCCUACCAGCACAUUGUCAAAUGGGCCAGCGACGUGGAUGAGUAUGCACCUGAUGGCGUCCAGAAAAUCCUCAUUGGGAACAAAGCAGACGAGGAGCACAAGAGGCAAGUGGCCAAAGAGCAAGGGCUGCAGCUGGCCAGGGAGUACGGAAUGGACUUUUACGAGACCAGCGCCUGCAGCAACCUCAACAUCAAAGAGUCCUUCACACGGCUGACGGAGCUGGUGCUGCAGGCACACCGCAAAGAGCUGGAGGGGCUGCGUGCCCCGCCCCGGACCCCCACCCUGGCCCGGCUGGAAGAAAGCGAACAGCAGCAGCCACCCCCGAGCAGUGAGGAGAACUCCAAAACCUGCUGGUGUUGA